AUGGGAAUCUUGAGGGUAUUAUCAACUUCAGCACUUGUCAUUGGAGUCGCCCAGGCACUCGUAACCAAAGAUGGAAAGACUGGAAGACUACCUGCCAUGGGCUUCAACUCGUGGAAUGCCUUCAAGUGCGAUAUCUCUGAAGAGGUCUUCCUUACUGCGGCAGAGGAGAUCGUCAGCCUAGGACUCAAAGAUGCGGGCUACGAGUAUGUCAACAUUGAUGACUGUUGGGCCGAUCUAGAUCUCUGGAGAGAUAACUCUACCGGCAGGAUCGUUCCUGACUACAAGAAGUUUCCAGAUGGUAUUAAUGGCACUGCAGCCAAGGUCCACGAGAUGGGGUUGAAGAUGGGGAUCUACUCGGAUGCUGGCGAGAAGACCUGCGCCGGAUAUCCGGGUUCCCUUUAUCACGAGGAGAUCGAUGCAGCAACAUUCUCUGACUGGGGUAUUGACUAUUUGAAAUACGACAAUUGUUAUGUUCCCGAUAACUGGACCGAUACUUACUAUUGGGAAGCACCCUACUCAGAUGCCCCAGCAGAUUGGGAUUGGAGCGCUACCAACACAGCAGAGCGCUACUACCGCAUGAGGGAUGCUCUAGCCAAGGUAGACCGUGUUAUCAACUACGGUCUCUGCGACUGGGGCCAAGCUCUUGUUGAGACAUGGGGUAAUGCAACUGGCCAGAGCUGGAGAUUGACUGGUGAUAUUGGGCCGUACUGGAAUAUGCUUAUGCCAAUUGUGAGCUUUACGAGCUAUAAACUUGAAUAUGGCAACUUCUUUGGCCACAACGAUAUGGAUAUGUUGGAAGUUGGAAACGGAAACUUAACUGAGGCCGAGACAAGAGCUCAUUUCGGACUAUGGGCUGCUAUGAAAUCCCCCCUGUUGAUUGGAACUCCGCUCGACUUGAUUGGCGAGACAGAUCUUACCGUUCUUAAAAACUGGGAAUUCAUUCAGUUCAAUCAAGACCCGGUAUUUGGAGAGUCCGUGAGGCGCUUCAAAUGGGGCAACGGUCAAGACCGCGGCUGGAAGUGGAAUGAGACCAUGCCAGCAGAAUACUACGCCGGCCCUUCAGUCCGUGGCAUCCAUGUCUUCAUUCUUAAUGUUCUCGACACCACACAGUUGAAGUCUUUCGACUUCAGCGAGGUCCCAGGAUUAGAUCCAAAGAAGAAGUACAAGGUGCAUGAUAUGUGGACCCACAAGGAUCUUCCAGGAACAUACUCCAAGAAGUUUUCUAUCAAGGUUGAGAGCCACGACCUGGCCGGAUUAUUGUUUACAGAGGUGAAGAAGGGAAAGAGGAGUUUGUUUGAUGGAUGGUUUUAG